CUCCCCUCUCUGGCUGUUUAUCACAAAGAGACGCUUCAAUCGCUGGCGUGAAGAGGGCAGAGGGGGAGAGCUGGGUUGGAGCAGGUGCUGAGGCAGAGAAGGAGCUGGUACAGCAGGUGCAGGGACCGCGACUGCAGCCCGGAUCCCACGACGCUGACAUGUCCCAGGCGGAGGGCAGCUGAUCGGCCGAGGACGAGGAAGCAGCAGCUGCUGCAGCGGCGAUGAGGGACAAGGAUUUCAACCCCGCCGGGGAUAAAGGCAAGCCGGCCACCUUCACAGGGGACAAGGCGAAGAUGGCUGCGAAGAGCGACAAGAAGUGGGUGCGGCUGGCCACGGUGCUGGCUUAUGUGCUGUCCGUGUCGCUGGCUGCCAUCAUCCUGGCCGUGUACUACAGCCUCAUCUGGAAGCCGGUGAAGCUGAUCAAGCCCCCGCUGCCGACGUCGCCAGCCCAGGAGCAGGAACUGGGAGCCUCCACUGCCUGGCAGACGCCUGAAGCGGGGCCGUGGAGCAGCAGCAGCAGCAGCUGGGGGCAACAACAGGAGGACGGGGAGGAGACGGAGCAGAGCAGCCUGCAGAGCCCGGGGCCGAGCAUCGCCUGGCCGGGCACAACGGCGGCUCCCAACAGCACGGUGUCGCCGGCAGCAAUAACAGCAACAUGAAGCCCGGGACCCCGGUGUGUGUGUGUGGACUAUUGCACCCUAUGCUGCGCCGCCGAGUCCGGCCACAACCCGCCUCAACCACGCCGCCUCGCCUCGCCACACGACUGGACUCUAUUACAAUGCGCAUCGGACUGGGGGCUGCGCUGCUUGUAGAUGCCGUAAUCGCCGUCUUUAAAAAAAUAAUAUUUCUAGGACCAGUUGAUGUUAAAAUGAGGAAUUGUUAUAGUGGGUUUCAUAUUGCUGUAAUAUUCACCUCGUACCUCAUUUAGUGUAUGGAAGGGGAGGGUAACUUAACGUGCCGACUGCACGGCAUGUGAUAACCUCAGGUACGUCGAGAUCUGUAAGAUAUAUCUCUGUACACAGACGACUGCUGUACAGUAGUGAAACUUGUCCCCAGAGUUUUAGUAAUCGUCGAUAUAUUUUUAAAGGAACAAUAAAUGGCUGAAGAUCUGAA